UUUGCGUCAGUGCUUUCCGCGGUCCGGUGGUCAGGUGGCGCGCUUGCCUGGGUUCCAACCUCAAACUCUUAGAAGCUGUAAAGAAAUUGGAUGUUAGUGGUGACUUGUCAGGUGACACCUAUUUUGUGGCAGAGCCAGGAGGAAAACACAGUGCAGUUCACUUUCUCACUGGCCUCCCAGCUGAGUCUGCACAGCCCUCUGCACUUUCCCAAGAGCAGCAGCAUGAACACAUCUCAGGUAUCAGUGUCAUUCAAGGACGUGACUGUGGAGGUCACCCAGGAGGAGUGGCACCAGAUGGACCCUGCUCAAAGAACCCUAUACAGAGAUGUGAUGCUGGAGAACUACAGCCACCUGGUCUCACUGGGUGAGCAGAACUUACCAUGUGAUUUCCUCAAGAAUGCAAUUCCGUUUUCUCCUUCCUUUUUAAUUUUUAAAUUGUAUUGGGGUAUAAUUAACAGAGUUAAAGUCAGUAGCUUUAAGUGUAUAAUUGUGAGUUUUAGAGAUGCCUGUAGGUGAUUACUACCACCAAAUAAUGAUAAAAUAUUGCUGUUACUCCAAAAAGUUUCAUUUUAGGUAUUUGUAGUCAUUUUUUCCUGAUCCCUCUCCCUGGCUCUGUCAACCAGUGAUCUACUUUCUAUCGCAAUAGUUUUUCCCUGUUAGAAUUUUAAAUACAUCAUAUAGUAUUUACUUUUUUCUUCUUUCAUGUAGAUUUUGGGAUUUAUGCAUGUUUUUGUACGUAUCAUUUUUUAUUCCUAACUAGUAUGCCUUUGCAUGCAUCUACCACAGUUUAUCUUCCAUGUAUAUCCCAGUUGAUAGAAUAGAGGUUUUUUCCUUUUGGGCUGUUAGGAAUA